GCCAUUACGUACAUUGAUUCGGGAGCACGGAAGAGUUGGCUGUAUGCUGCUCGGUUUAGUUCUUUCAUUUUCCAACUGCUUUUAUUUUCUGAAGUUAGGAAUCGCGUCUAGAUAAAUACCUGACAAUGCCUGUAGCCAGCGUACCAAUUAGAGAGGCUCGCAUCCCUUUUCGGUUGCUUCAGCAAUAUUUGUUUCUACUGAAGACAUAUCCAAUUCUUACCAAAUCUGUAACGAGCGGGAUACUUUCUUCUUUAGGAAACCUUCUAUCUCAAUUCCUGGAAGCUAAUAAAAGCGCCAAAAAUGGGAAGCCAGUGAAAGAGAUUGACAGAGCAGCAGCCACACGCUAUGCAAUAUUUGGGUUGUUUCUAACGGGGCCACUCAGCCACUAUUUCUACCAGCUGAUGGAGGUGUGGAUGCCAACCACAGACCCCUACUACAUUGUCAAGCGUCUUCUACUAGACCGCCUGAUCUUUGCUCCAGUUUUCCUGUUCAUCUUCUACCUGGUCAUGAACACCCUGGAGUCAAAGGGGUUGGCCGACCUAAAAAAUAAAUUGGAAGAUACUUACUGGACAGCUCUGAAGAUGAACUGGAAAGUGUGGACACCUUUUCAGUUCAUCAACAUCAACUUUGUACCUGUCCAGUUCAGAGUGCUGUUUGCCAACGGGGUGGCCUUGUUUUGGUAUGCCUACCUAGCAUCUGUCCGGAAAUGAAAGCUUGUGACAUGGUUGUUUGGUAAAGCAUCUUCUUGUAGCAUCUUCCAUCAUGGAAAUGGAAGAGAAAGAAAUGCUUUGCAACACCUGAGGCACCUGAGUGGCCAGAGCAGGGAGCUGCUACUACCCGGCUAUGACUUGCUGCUACGGCCCUGCUGUCAGAUUCAGAAGGUUGAUCAAUUAUUUGAUCUGUUUUUUUAGUUUCCCUCAAUGACAAUAAUCCAGUACCAUGAUUAGGCAAACUUUCAACAAAAAAUGUAAUAACAAGAUAAGUUCACAAUACCAAAUGAGACAAAAAACUAACCAAAGCGAAAAUAAUGCAUAAUAAAAAUAAAAUCCAUGUACAAAAUCUA